CCUUUAACCAAACAAAUUUAAUAGAAAGUUGAAAGAUGUUCUAUGUUACUAUAGGAUCCACCUAAACUGUUAGCCAGAUAACAAUUUAUACUUUGAUUUCUUACUACUCGCUCUUUUAGAUCCUGCUUCUCUCCAUUUUAGGCUUUUUUCCUUUCUGAUUUUACAAGUUAAUUUAUAUGUGACAUAUUACUACACGAACAUAUGGAAGGCAGACGAAUUCGAAGGUUUAGCAGAUGGCAAAGAAGCAAUGAGACUCUAUUGCCUAUGCGCAUCAAUCGCCUAUCCAACACUAUCUCUUGUUGGUAUUGUGACUACAAGUCGUCAAUAUUGAACGAACCCCUGUUUCAUUUCGGACGAAGAUACUCAAGGUGCUUGAAAGCUUGGUUCUCAAUGGGUGUUGGUUUUAGUCUUGCCAUGUUGGCUGCAGUUACUAUGAUUCUUUUGUAUGAAAUCGGCCAGAUACUAUGUCUCUAUUACGGCAACAUCCAGAUGAGCUAUGUUAUGAGUGGAUAUCUGUUUGGGUUUUCUUCUAUGAUAUCAGGCUUGACCAUCUCACUGGCUGACAUUGGAUAUCUGUGCAUAUCUUCCAUCAUAUCAGUUUCAGUGCAUGAACUUGGCCACGCUCUAGCUGCUGCAAGUGAGGGCAUACAGAUGGAGUACAUCGCUGUAUUUCUGGCUGCUUUAUUUCCAGGCGCUCUAGUGGCAUUCAAUCACGAGUUAUUGCUGGCAUUAUCCAAAGUUUCUGCUCUUCGUAUAUACUGUGCUGGCGUUUGGCAUAAUGCAGCUCUUUGUGCUGUUUGUGCUUGGGCAUUGUUCGUUCAACCCUUGAUCUUGUAUCCAUUUUAUAUUCAUGACGAAGGCCCCAUGGUGCUGGAUGUGUCUCCAACAUCGCCAUUGUCUGGCUAUUUAUCUCCUGGUGAUGUCAUAAUAUCAUUGGAUGGCAUCCGCAUCAAUAAUCUUCAGGAGUGGUCGCAACUAUUAACUGAACACCAUCAAAACUCUCAGAAUCACAGCCUUCUUGGAAACUCUAUGCAAAGAAGUGUUGGUAAAGGAUACUGUGUUCCCUAUUCUUUGGUUGAAGAAAGCAAACAUAUUUCGUUGAAAGGCAAUGAAACUUCUUGUCCUGAUGAACUAAGUCCUUUUAUUACCAUUCCAUGCUUGGAUCAGGCCAUGCCUGAUGGUGAUAAUCUUGAGGUUAACCAUCAAAGGGAUGGAGGUGAACUCCGCUGCUUAUAUGCGACGGAUAUAUUAAACCUUGAGAAAUGUGGUGAUGGUUGGGACAGAAUUCAUAGCAACAGGAGCAGCUGCUUGUGUUCCAAGGACAAAGCAUGCUUUGUUCCACUUUUGUCGACCGGUGUGGCGUGGGUGGAGAUAACAUAUUCAAGUCCUUCUCCUAUGCAAUGCUCGCAACUUGGAACAAUGCAUGUGCUUGGUGAUGAUAACUCAAGGGAGAACCCCUGUGUUAAGACCUUUGUUUUUGUGGGUGAUGUAAUUUCAAUGAAGCAUUCAGUUCUCUUGACUUCAUAUCAACCUCGUUGGUCAGCUAAAUUUGGUGCACAUCUUCCAUACGUACUGGAAAAGUUUUUGAUGUUCACCUUUAAUGUCUCUUUGACCCUUGCACUUCUCAACAGCUUGCCGUUUUGUUGGGCAGGUUGCAACAGCUUGAUGAUUACAGAAUUGUGCUGAUUUGGGCCCAAAAGGAUAGAGAAUUAUUGAAUGAAAUGGGUCUUAUAAUGGGUUAUUUCUUAGAAAGAUUAACCAUAGUAAGAGCUUGGAAAACAUGAAAGUCAAGGCAUGUUUAAGACUGGAAAAACAGUUAUGAUUUUAUGGAAAGAUGAAAAGAAAACACUGUGGAUUAGGUUUCCGCAGGCAUCAUACCACAAGUUUAUGAUUAUUUCAACAAUGAAUGAAGGAAAAUUACUGAAUUAUCAUGUAAUAGGUUUACUUUAUGGAAUUGAAAGUAUUACAUACUAGGUAUUGAUGUUACCUAAUCGUACUCCAAAAGGGAUACCCUAAACAUAUAGGAAGCAAAUGCUAUUCCUGUUCCCAACGGCUUCUUACUAAACUUUAUUUAGACUCCACAGAUAGAACAUUUUUUCCCAGAAAAUCCUGUUUGCUACUGCGAUUAGCAACAAUACCAUGACGAAAUCAUGAAACAUCUAUUGGACGGCAUUGCAAUCUGAGGAUGUCAAAAACAAGACCAAAGAUGUUACUACUAUUAAGGUGGAAGCAUGAACGGAAUACCUUGGUGUGAUAGUUCAAGCGGGUUAAACAUUUGUAAAUGGUCGUGUUUGAAUCCAUUCUCUUACAUUAUUUUCUCUAUUUUAGGAAAACCUGGACUAAAUUCUUUCAAAAAUGAUCUCUAUUGGGAUAUGUGCCAGAGAUCUUUUCUCUCUCUUCUCUUCCUUUCCAAACUUCGGCAUAGUCCUUUCUCGAUGAAACUCCUAUAUUUGCCUAGUAAUGGAUCGGGGAAUCACUUCUAUUUCAAGCUAAAAAACAUUGAAUAAGUUAGCAUUAAUGAGGAAGCUGAAAGCUGGUUUGUCCUUACAGAGCGCAACAGAAGAUUUAUGAGCCAGAUUAAGAUUGAUGAAAGCAAUCUUCGAUGGGUAUGUGAAGCAUUGGUUCAAGCCUCACUACAGUCCGGUAAUAAAUGCAAGAGAUAAGGUAGGAAGAUACAAGCUUACACCUUCAGAGUGGUCCAGAAUUUUAAUAGCUGCAGAUGGUUCGUUAGAGUAGAAUGUAUCGUAGGGGAUAAUAAAUAUGCAAUUAUUAUCACAGAAGGUAGUUACAACAAAGAAUGUGGUGGACAUAGCAAGGAAGUACAAGGGUAUUUAGGGACAUAUAGACCCAAGAUCCAUCUUUACGCAGAUCAGUCCAGGCCUUAUAAGGAAACUGUAAGGAUUUCACAAUGGCCAACUAAGAUCAGUGCUGCAACAGGGCAAUGUCCAGAUCCACCAAAGGAAGAACAUGGAAAUGAACAUUCCCUUUCGAAAUGCCUCAUUGGCUAGUUCAAUGGUCAUUCAACUUCAGCCUGAUGCAGAGGUGAUUUAGAGGUGGUUCAUAGGCAGAUGGCAUGUCACAACUGGUCUUAAAGUCACCAAUCGGGCAUAAUCAGUUCCUUUUCGAACUCCCGUCCAGAAUGAAAACGUCAAAGCUGGUGAGUGGUUUUGGAAUGACAGAAGAUUGACUUUGCAAUGGUGGUCUCUUGUGAGUGGAAUAGAGAUGCUAGCAAUGAAGUCAGAUCACAGGUGGGUGAAGGCUGUUGGAAUCUCUAUCCAAGCAUGGACUUCAGACACAUUCAAGUUCGUCGGUUACAAGUGUAGUGGUCUCAUUGGAAUUGACGAAGACACCAAACAUAAGGUGCAUCUAUUCCAAGAUUGUAUCUGUGUGAAAAAUAGCAAGGGAGAAAUGCCGAGAAAGUUGGAUUUGAUUAAGGAGGAUUGGGGGUUUGAAAUUUCAUUAUUGGAGGACCAUCGCACCAGAGUCUAGCUGAUCAGAAAACCUAGCUUCGGCGAAGUAGAGAGGACGCCCGUAGAAGUAGGUACAUCGAGCCAUGCAUCGAGGAUAGCAGCUACACAUGUGGGAGAACACUUGGACAACUUUAGUCUAAAAAUUGGUGCAGGUGUUAAUCCAAAUGGUAAAGGGUUAGCAAAUUUAGAAGGUAAUGACUAAUGAGAGGAGAUGGCCUACUACAAGUGGUGUUAAAUAUUUAGGCUUGGAAAUAAAUAAAAUUAUAGAAAAGGCCCCAAAAAAGCCCAUUUGAAAGAGUUUAACUUAUUAAAAGAGAAGAUAAUUUGGAGGAUAGUUGGACACAAGCCCAACACAAAUGCAAAUCGAUUUAAUGCCUUAACCAUGUCUCUUGGAUCUGAAUACCCUUUGAUACCAAAGUCCUUCAUAGCCUCCUCGGCAAAACAGAGCUCGAAAAUUAGCCCCUCUGAUGCAGAUGAUAAAGCUAAUCCAUAACAGAGACUACUAGCCACUUAUCAUUCUCCCCUCGAUUAUGGAAUUAGUUCCAAUAAGCAACUCAGAUACGAAUUUCUCUUCCCACGCAGUCUGCAAAGCUCUUCCUUUGACAUGGUACGAGGGUGAUUCCAGUAUGCAGCUAAUAGACAAAUCUUCUCUUAUUACAACAACAAAAAAUUCAAUAUAUUCCCAUAAGUGGGGUCUGGGAAAGAUAAUGUGUAUGCAGACCUUACCCCUACCUCGCGAAGGUAGAGAGGCUGUUUCCAAUAUACCCUCGACUCGGGGGAUAAGUAGUACUAAAUAAUACCAACAGGGAAUACGGUAAGUGAAGCGAACUAAACCACAUGACGUAAUAAAGAUAUAAAAAUAUGAAGGAACACGAGUGCUACUAAAACUAUCAGUAAGGAAAAACUUUCAACUACCUACUAACCUUCUACCCUAAUUCUCUCCUCCACACCCUCCUAUCAAGGGUGAUGUCCUCAGUAAGCUGAAGCCGCGCCAUAAGCUGCCUAAUCACCACUCCCCAGUACUUCUUUGGCCUACCUCGACCUCUUCUCCAAUCCGCCAAGUCCAACCUCUCACACCUCCUAACAGGAGCAUCGACGCUUCCCCUAUUUACGUGCCCGAACUAUCUCAACCUCGACUCUCACAUCUUGUUCUCCACGGAGGCAACUACCACUUUUUCCUGAAUAGUUUCAUUCCUAUUCUUAUCUUGCCUGGUAUGCCCACUCAUCCCUCUCAACGUCUUUAUUUCUACUACUUUCAUCUUCUGUACAUGAGAGUUCUUGAUUGGCCAACACUCAGCCCCAUAUAGUAUAGUUGGUCAAACCACCCUUUUGUAAAAUUUACCCUUAAGUCUUGGUGGCACAUUCUUAUCACAUAAAACACCGGAUGCGAGCUUCUAUUUCAUCCAUCCCGCUCUAAUACAUUAUGCGACAUCCUCGUCAAUCUCCCUGUUACUUUGGAUAAUAGACCUGAUAUACUUGAAACUACCUCUCUUGGGGAUGACCUGAGUAUCAAGCUUCACAUCCACGUUUAUUUCAUGAGUCCCGUCACUGAAUUUGCACUUUAAGUAUUUUAUUUUAGUCCUGCUCAACUUGAAACCUUUAGACUUCAAGGUCUGUUUCCAAACCUUCAUCCUUGCGUUAAACUUGCAUCACGUCUCGUCGAUAUAGCAGGCACCAUGGCACCUUCCCUUAGAUGUGCCGCGCCAUAACGUCCAUCGCCAAGACAAAAAAAACUGGCUAAGAGCCGAUCCCUGGUGUAGCCCCAUCACAACUGGAAAGUGCUCCGAGCCCCCCUCCCAUAGUGGUCACCCGAGUCCUAACACCAUCAAAAAUAUCCUUAAUCAACCUAGUGUACGCUAUCGGAACGCCGCUAACCUCCGAAUACCUCCAUAGAACUUCCUUCGGAACUUUAUCAAACGUUUUUUCAAGGUCGAUGAACACUAUAUGUAAGUCCCUUUUCCUUUCCCUAUACUGCUCCACUAAUCUCCUCACUAGAUGAAUAGCUUCCAUAGUCGAACGCCCCGACAUGAAUCCGAACUGGUUUUCGGAAAUAGACACGCUCCUCCUCACCCUGUCUUCCACCACUAUCUCCUAAAUCUUCAUAGUGUGGCUAAACAACUUUAUACUCCUAUAGUUGUUAUAAUUUUGUAUAUCACCCUUGUUCUUGUAAAACGGAACCAUCGUGCUCCACCUCCAUUCUUCGGGUAUCCUUUUCGUCUUAAAAAUGAUAUUAAACAACCAGUAAGCCACUCCAAGCGUGCUCGGCCCGCGUUCUGCCAAAAUUUCACUAGGAUUUCGUCUGGCCCCGUUGUUCUGUCCCUGCUCAUCUUACGUAUCGCCCCUUCCACCUCCACUACCUUAAUACGCCUACAAUACCCAAAAUUCCGCCGACUCUCGGAGUGCUCCAACUCAUCCAGCAUAAUACUUCUGUCCCCCUCCUUGUUCAACAGUUUAUGGAAGUAUGUUUGUCAUCUUCGUCUAAUAUGUGCCUCGUCCAUCAAUUCUCUGCCGUCCUCGUCUUUGAUGCACUUCACUUAGUCCAAGUCACGAGCCUUCCUCUCCCUCAUCUUGGCCAACCGGUACAAGUUCUUGUCUCUGCCUUUUGCCCCCGAGUUCCUCAUAUAGACGCCCAAUGCCGCAUUAUUAGCCGCCGUAACCGCUAAUUUUACCUCUUUCUUUGCCUUCUUAUAACACCCCCGAUAUAUCCUUUUUUUCUCCUCGUCUGUACUCUUCACUAGCUUCAAAUAAGCUGCUUUCUUGACUUCUACUUUACAUUGGACCUCUCUAUUCCAUCACCAGUCCCCUUUGUGACCCCCAAAAUAGCCCUUCGUGACCCCUAAGACCUCUCUAGCAGCUUCCCUAAUGCAAUUCGUGGUCGUGGUCCACAAACUAGUCACGUCUCCCCUACUCCUCAACGCCCUCACAACUUGCAACCUCUCCCCCAACUCCUGAGCUUUGUUCUUAGUCAAAUUACCCCCCUUGAUCUUAGUUUGCCUGCACAACCCCCUCUUUCUCCUACUCUUGAUCACAGGUCCAUUACUAGGAGCCUAUGCUGGGUUGUGAGGUUCUCACUUGGGAUGACCUUGCAGUCGGUGCAUAGACCUUUAUCACAUUUCCUGCAAAGGAGGUAAUCAAUCUGGGUCUUGGCUACCGAACUCCGAAAGGUGACCAAGUGCUCCUCCCUUUUUGGAAAACUCGAGUUAGCUAUCACCAAAUCAAAAGCUCUAGCAAAAAUCCAACAGUAAGGUGCCCCCAUCGUUCCUAUCCCCAAAACCGAACCUGCCAUGCACAUAAUCAUAACCCCUAGCAUUAGCCCCAAUAUGACCAUUGAAAUCCCCGCAAAUGAAAACUUCUUGGUGUGCGGGAUAUUAUGCACCACCUCGUUAAAAUCAUUCCAAAAUUGCCUCUUGACCUCCUGGUCGAGGAGUGUAUGCGAUAAUCACAUUUACAGUAAACCCUCCAACUACGAGCUUAAUACUCAUCAACCUAUUAUUUACCCUCCUAACCUCGACCACGAGCCCCCUGAGGUCCCUGUCAACUAAAGUACCUUCCUCGUUCUUGCCCCCAACGCCUCCUAAGUAGCAAAGUUUAAACCCGUCUACAUCCCGAGCCUUCGUACCCACUCAUCGAGCCUCCUGGACGCAUGUUAGGUUGAUCUUCAUCUUCUGAAGAAUCUUACCUAACUCUAUAGACUUUCCCGUCAAGGUCCCCAUGUUCCAAGAUCCAACUCUCAGCCUAGAGGCUUCCUUAUCCCCCUUCCCACCCUUGCUCCCCGCCACUGGCCCCACCCGAGGACAUGAAAUUACUCUCCCAUCGUUCACCACGACCACUAUAGUCUAAGGGGUAUUGAGUAAUCACUAACACUAAAAUAGCAAAUAGCGAAAACAAAGAAUAUAAGCUAAGAAUUCGAAAGCUUAAGAACUCAAAUGUGCAACUACGAGUAUAGUAGAGCAAGCAAGCACUAGAGCAACAAAUCUACCUCGUUUAUAAUCUACAACUAUGCAAACAAAGAGUUGAAAAGGUAUAGACGAUAACUUAAAACUUAUAGACGGUGAUUGCAAAGACAAAAAAGCAAGCAAGUGUUGUCUACCUAGAGCAGUCAAUCCAACAACUGGUAGUCGGCGAGGCAACAAAAAAAGAUGUAUUAAACACAAUUAAUGAUUGCCAGGGAGGAAAUAAGAAAGAAACAAAAGUAAAGAUUAUGCACGCAAAUACGAAUGAGCGGAACAAAUAACAACAAGUCAAGAGGGAUAGAACCUAAUUGCAAGUACAGAAACACAAGCAAGUGAUGUCUACCUAGAGCAGUCAGUCCAACUACAGAUUGCUGGGGAGGCAACCAAAACUAAUAGAUGUAUACACAAUAAGAGAUUGCCGGUGAGGCAAACAGGAAAGAGAUGAACGCCAAUACAAUUCAAGAAAGAUGGAACCUGGAUUAUAGUCGGAGAUGUACGGAUGCGCUCCCUUAUGCACUGAAUGUUGUUGCCUACCGAACCUUGCAAUGGUGCUUAAGCCAGGCUAAAGUUGUCUCCUCUGUCAUGCUGAGAUAAAACAAGAACACGAGUCCAACAAAAUAAAAGGGGAUGGGGGUCGGACUGCCUAGGUCUCUGCUGAGAGCGACUGGUCCGAGAGAUAAAAAGGAGCAGGGGGAGAAAAGAGAAAAGAGAAAAGAGGAACAACAAGGGGGAAAGCGAGAGACGGGGACCGCCUGACAGUGGUCGCCGGCAGUUUAGGUUUUAUGGGCGGAAAAUGAGGCGCGGAGAGGUGUGAGAGAGACAGAAGAGAAAGAGAAAGGGCGGAGUGUAGAGGGGAUCUGCCUGGGAGCGCCAGCAACCAGCGACUAGGCCCAAAAAGGGGAUCGGGAAAGGGAUAAAAGAGGGGAGAGAGAGAGGGAAAGGAGAAAGAGAGGGCGGGAGAGAGGAGAGUGGAGGAACAAAGAAAAGGAGAAAACGAGAGGAGGAGACCUUUCCUGCGCCGGAGAUCGGUGUGACGCCGAAAAAACGACCGGCGGAGGCGACCGAUAGUGAUGACCGUUAGUGAGUGAGAUGAGAGAGAGAGAGAGAGAGAGACCGUUCACUCUUCCAAAUUAAAUCCACAGAUCUUCUCUUAUUGAGGCCUCGAAAUGGACUAAAAUCACUAUUGUGAAGCCAUGCAAGGCCUUUGGGGUUAAUGCGACCGUGUUUGAGCAUGAUCUCCGGGAUAUUAUUCUAAGAAUGGAGCAACAAAGACAAAUCCUAAUUCUGCAAGAAGAGUCGAAGCAAAAGUUUGGAAAGGAGAAGGAAAACAAAGGAUAAGGAACGAAAAAGGUCAGUUCGUGGAAUCAAUUAUGAUGAAAAAGGGAAACAUGUUAGUGGGAUUAGGGGUAGGCACUAUAACUCCUUUUCUGGAUGAAGCUAUUCAUUCUGAGUUGGAACGUGCGAGGGUUGAAUAAUGAUCUCUCAUUCAAAAGUGGAGGGUGGAUAUCUUGUGUCUGCAGGAGACUGAGAUAGAGGAUUGGUCUGGUAGAAUGAUUCAGCAACUUUGGGGUAGCAGGUGGGCGGCUUAGGUGGAAUUAAAAUCAUGUAGAACUAGGGUAGGGGUUGUAAUGAUUUGGCAUAAGAGGUAACAGAACAAAAUUGACAUAUUCAGGGUUCCUACUCCAUAUCAUAUAUGCUUGGGAGCAUUCAAGAGGAAUUCAGGUUGUGCUCCGCAGGUUUUUAUGGGCCUCACACUAAUCGAGAAAGGGAAGAGAUGUGGAAUGAACUUGUAGGGGUAAGGGGAGUAUGGUGAUGUCACUAGGUUUUGGGAGGUGACUUCAAUGUUUGCAGAUUUGCAAGUGUGGCUUAAUUGCAUCAGAAGAUCCACAGCGAUGAAAUCAUUCCCAGACAUUAUCCAGAAUCUUGAUGUUAUUUAUUUACCUCUUGAAGUGGCUCAUUACACCUGGUAGUCUGGUACAGAGGUGAUAACCGCAUACAGGCAUCCAGAAUUGAUAGGUUUAUCAUCUGCUCGUGGAAUGACCCAUUUAGAGUUGUGAGACAAACUGCCCUUCUAAAGGCAAUCUCGGAUCAUAGGCCAAUAUUAUUGGAGAGUGGGGAUCUGGAAGCAACUCCUUAUUUCAAGCAGUGUUUAGAAAAGCGAUCGUUUCGUCGCUUUAAGCGCGAAGCGACGCGACCCGACCCAGUGUCGCUUCUAGCUGCCUGAGGCGACUCGACCGAGGGAAGCGCACGCUUCAAUGGAGGAAGCGACGAAGCGAUGAAAGCGAUGAAGCGAUCGCUUUUGUUAAAAAAGCGCAGAGGGCCCUUUUUAAAAUAAAAAACUUUGGGUCUGUUUUUUUAUUAUACAAAACAGACCCUAAAUCGACAAAAACUGACCAUUUCUUCUUCUUUCUUCUUCGAUCGACGUCGACCAAAGCUAGGGUUCAACUUCAUCGACAUUGCUGACCAGUCCAGGUAGUUUUCUUCUUCUCCUUUCUUCUUCUCUUUUUUUUCUUUCUUCUUUCUUUCUUCUUCUUGUUCCCGUCCAGAUUCUGCUUUUUUUUUCUUUCUUUUUCCUUCUUUCUUCCUUCUUCUUCUUCGUUUAUCUCUGACAGUCCAGUUUGCACACUGUUGACUGUUCAGACUUCAGCGUCUUCUUCUUCUUCCUUUUAUCUCUAACCCGUCUAGAUUCUGUUUUUUUCCC